GAAACAGAGGCGAGCUGGAACCCGUCUCCGCCCUCUCUUCCCUCCCCUCACCCGCUGCCGUUGUCCGCUCCGUCUUUUUUUCCAUCGUUUGGAUCGAGCGCGUAUUGUUGAUCGACCCAGCCUGCGGCCCCCAUUUCUUUUUUUGCGCUCUGUCCGUCGUCAAUAUUGUCCUACCAUCCGCCAUUUGCGCCGUUGCUUCCCAGUCGCUCUUUACUCCUCUCCACAUACACCCACAAUGAUACCCCGGACUGCCCUGUCGGCGCUUCUCUACGCAAGCACCGCCUUUGCUGUGUGCACCAAGCUCGAAGAUUGCCCUCAGUUUGAGUCUCUCAAGACGGACGAAUGCCAGACGUUCCACCACUUCCUCGCACGCGGCUCUACCUCUCCUUACCCAGGCCACGUCAUCGAGACGGUCGGCAAGGUCUGCAAUGCCCUCAACACCAAGGAGAACCCAAAGGCCUGCGGCUAUGAGGAUGUCCAGUAUUGGGCCAUGAACGGUGGAGAGAAGUGGUGCAUAUCAUCGCACGAGGGUGCCAUGAACGGCGCCGAGCAGAUGAGAAACUACACCCAAAGGUGUCCAAACAGCCACCUGAUUGUCAUGGGUUUUAGUCAGGGGGGUAGUGUCAUGCUCGAUGUCCUCGGUGGUGGUGGUGGUCCUCUCUGGGGGUGCGAACAAAAGUCGAAUCCAAGCAUGAACAUCACCAGUCCUCCAGGCUCAAAGAUCGCAGCUGCACUUGUCUUUGGCCCCACACGGCGCUCCGCGAACCAGUCUUACACCCACGGCGGUGGCCAAAUCUCAGAUGGCAGUGCUCCUCGAACAGCGGAACAGCUUGCAGGCCUCCAGCCCUACGCUGAUGCUGGCAUCCUUCGCGAAUACUGCCAGCCAGGCGACCCCAUCUGCGCCCCUAACACCGAUAACAAGGACAUGUCCAAGCACCUGAACUAUUUCGAACGCUACAGCGACGAGGCAGCCGAAUGGGUCAUUGAUCUCGCUAGGAAGGCCGAAUCUGGCGAUAGGACAUCGGAUGCGAAGAGCAUGCUGCACCAGACCAUUUCGCAUCCCAUUGCGAACGUCUUCAUCGUUAUUUUCGUGCUGUUCCUCGUAUAGUAAGUCAAUAUCUCACUCAGUCACAAUUAUACCAUAGAUGCGCAAUAGACAUUUGGGAGCAUUGAAGACUUGAUUGUUCGCCGAUAUAUGCAUGAAUACUCAUACUGCACAGUUUUGCCGU